AUUGUUUAUAGUUUAUACCAUACGAGGUAAUAUUGAGGUGUCCGUUUCUGUAUUUUUAGUGUAUUAUUACUCAUUACUCAUUAGAAGUGUGGCAGCAAGUAAUUGGGCCAUUAAUCUUCUUUGUAAAAAAAAGUAUUUGGGCCACACUUAGCCCAAAUGUAUCGGUCGGCACGAGGCCAUGAAAGCCCAAUCAAAGACCUUCCCUAGUUCCCUUCGAAGAGUAUGAGGAGUGAGGAUCCUGAAUUCCUGAUCUGGUCUCUGGGUCUCUAACUCGGUGACCGUCCUCCCCCUGACUCGCCGGAGCUUCCACAGUUUUGCCGGAAGUGAUGCUGACUAUACAGAGAACAAUCAGGGAGAUCCACACAAACGUCGUCGCCCCAAGGCUUACGAGAUUCACUCUUCGAGCGCCCAAGAGGGUAGAGGUGGAGUAUGGCAAUGGUGACAAGUUCAGCCUGUCAGCUGAGUUCCUAAGAAUACACAGCCCAGCUGUGGACGGGAAACUUAGGUCCAUUGGUGGUGAGAAGGUGAUUUCAGGCCGGCGUCACGUAGGGAUCAUGUCUGCAGAACCUGUGGGAAACUAUGGGAAUAGUGUUUGAUGAUCUGCACAAGACUGGAAUCUAUACAUGGGACUAUUUCUUUUACAUUGGGAGCAAUAAGUUCUCUCUCAGCAAAGACUACAUCAGGUCAUUGAAGAGGCAUGGACUCAGUCGCGAUCCGGGAAGGAGAAGCUUUUGCUAGCUGUUCAUCAUGAGCACCAUCAUCCUAAGCUGACUUUUUGAUUCUUUUGAAUAUGGAAGGCAACUCUCUCAAAGCUUGGUCCAUGGACUGAAAGUUGUCGACUUUUGAAGGUCUUCUCACUUAUCAGCACCAACUUGACAUCAGUGCUUGAAACUUUCAAACACACCAAUUGGUUCCGUUUCAAAUGUUUCUGUAAAGGGCAAUUGUAUCAGAAAGCAGAAUGGCUUAUUUCAUGCGUUGUUGUCCUCUCAGUUAGUCAAACAUGUAUGUGGCAUGUACAAUUUACGAUGAUAAAAUCUAAUCCAAUUG